GAACAAAAAAAAAAUGGUUUAUGGGGAUUGAUUAAGAGAGAGAGAGAGAGAGAAGAGAGAGAGGCUUUCGUCUACACAACUGCUGCGAGAGAAGAGAUACACUAUCCCCACAAGCAAACCCUCUUCUUCAUCAUCAUCAUCAUCACCAUCAACAUCUUCUCUCAGCAGGCUACAUCAAGUAACUGAUUCCACCAUGAUAUGAUUUAUGGGACUCAGAUUCUGAUAACUUUCACUUCUUCCUGAUAAGUUGGAAUCAAACUGUUUCAUUUGCGGAUCGUAAUCUUAGUGAGAAUUUAAAAAAAGUUUGGAACUUUUAUUUAUGAUGGCUCUGGAACAUGUUUGUGAAAACCGGCUUCAAGCAAAGAAGACCUUCUCUAGCAUCCAAGAGCUUGAGUUGACUAUCAAUUUGGAUGAUUUGACUUGUCCCAUUUGUUUAGAUUUCCCUCACAACGGUGUCCUUCUCCAGUGCUCUUCUUUCGGAAACGGUUGCCGUGCUUUUGUCUGCAACACUGAUCACCUUCACUCCAACUGUUUGGAUCGUUUCAUUAGCGCCUGUGGUACUGCUGAAUCACCUCCUCCUCCACCUUCACCACCUCCUGAUGAGCCUCGUUCCAAGGUUUUAGAAGAGAGUUGCAAACCUGUGUGUCCUCUCUGUAGAGGUGAAGUUACUGGCUGGCUUGUUGUUGAAGAAGCUCGUCUCCUUCUUGAUGAGAAGAAACGUUGCUGUGAGGAAGAACGUUGCAGGUUUAUGGGUACUUACUUGGAGCUUCGCAAACAUGCUCUCUCUGAGCAUCCUGAUUCUCGCCCUUCUGAAAUUGAUCCUGCACGAAAGCUUGACUGGGAAAAUUUUCAGCAGUCUUCUGAAAUUAUCGACGUGUUGAGCACAAUUCACUCUGAAGUUCCAAGAGGAGUGGUUUUAGGGGACUAUGUGAUCGAAUACGGAGAUGAUGACACGGGAGAUGAGUUUGAAGAUGUUCCUAACAAUGAAGGAAACUGGUGGACCUCUUGUAUUCUCUAUCAGAUGUUUGACAAUAUAAGGAAUGCCAGGAAUCGAAGAAGAUCAAGAAUGAGUGAGAGCAGGAGAGGGAGCCGCCGCUCUAGUUAUGAUAACUCCAACUCUGAUGACAGCUCUGUAGCAUCCAUAGAGUUCCCUGAGUAUAGAGUAGAUGAGAUCGAUGACGAGUUCAUCAGCACCAGUGGAGCUAACAGAAGUAGCUCUAUCCACCAAAGUUCGAGAAGGCGUCGAACCCGCUUCUAUGAAAAUUAGAUGGAAACUGAAGCGAAACAAAUGACGCAGACAAGCCUAUUCGUAGCCAGCGUUCUUGGUUUUGGAACUCUCUCUUCUUUUUCUUUCUACAGAUAAAUUUUAUUGUAGGUUUGUUUUGUGACAUUUACUCGCAGUCGCAGCCUUUUGUACAAAAAGAAAACAAAAAGCCUUUUUUUGAAUAUUUUAGUACCCUUCGUCUUCUUUGUUUUACAUGCAUCUUUGAACAAUGUAGAUAUUGAGAGACGUAAAUCAAAAAAGUCGACGUUCGUGCA